UAAUAUAUCAUUCUUAUCAUAAAAUAUUAUAUGAUUCUAAUGGGCGAUUAAAAUUUACUAAUAAAACAAAAAAAAAAUUCGGUGACAUAAUUCGUUCUUUCACUCUCCUCUCUUCCUCUUUCUGUGGCCAACAGAAAGCAAAACAGCGUGAAGCUCUGAUACAUAGCACUUCGUUUCCGAUUCUGAUUGCGGCUUCCAUUUAUCAUCUUAAAUUUAACAAUUCAACUCUCGUUUAAGGUUGAAGAAUGCCGAAGGUUAAGACAAACCAUGUCCAGUAUCCAGAGGGCUGGGAAUUAAUUGAGCCUACUCUUCGUGAAUUACAAGCCAAUAUGAGAGAAGCGGAGAAUGAUCCACACGAUGGCAAGAGGAAAUGUGAAACACUAUGGCCUAUAUUUAAAAUAGCACAUCAGAAGAGCCGCUACAUUUUUGACCUUUACCAUCGAAGGAAGGAAAUAUCUAAGGAGCUUUAUGAGUUCUGUUUGGACCAAGGCUAUGCUGAUCGCAAUUUGAUUGCCAAAUGGAAGAAGCCGGGCUAUGAACGUUUGUGUUGCUUAAGAUGCAUGCAGCCACAGGAUCACAACUUCCAAACAACUUGUGUGUGCCGAGUACCCAAGAAUCUCAGGGAGGAGAAGGUCAUAGAGUGUGUCCAUUGUGGUUGCAGGGGCUGUGCCAGCGGCGAUUAAGAAAAAAUAGAUGGUGAGCCUACAUACUAGUUGGUAUCAAAAUAGUGUUGAUACCAAGCACUAUUUGGUUGAUUUCAUCUACUUUCAGCUAGUGUUGGUAUUUUAUCAAACAUGAAGCAUGAUUUGAAAAUUUAGUUCCAUCUUCAUCCUUGUCACCAUUGACGAUGAGUAUCCACUGUAAUUGAGUAAUUUAGAUCUAGUUUAUGGUAUUGUUGUUAUAUUGGGGUUGGUACUAUGCCUGAAGCAUCAGAUAUUAAACAAGGUGGGAUGGGGGCUUCUAUUGUCUAAUUUCAUUUAAAACUAACUAAUUUGAGGUAAUAUUGAUGAUAUUUUAGCAAACAUUCUUUUCUCAUAGGACUGGAAAGGCCUGGUUGGUCCAAAUAUGUUAAGAACUGGCCAGCGGCCUAUCUCUUGUAUAAAACUAAUCAAUCUGGCUUGCUGGGCUACGCUUCAAUUCUUCAAUUAUAUUACAUUUAUAUUUUA